CUCGAGAUGGUGAACUGAGAAGCAGCGAACUGUACUUUCACCGUUUGAUGAGACUGCAACUGUUAGCGUCUCUUGUCGGUCCAAGUUGAGAGACAACAUAAAACGGAAAUUUCGAUUUUUUAGAAAACGACAGAAAAGGAAAACGAGAAGUACAUCUUCAUGUGGACGAGUGGUCAUGGUAUUACAAAUUGGGCUUGUGGUGUCACCGAAAACGACAAGGCUAUAGUACCAGAGAAUUUGGUAUCUGAAUACUAUUACGGAAAAGGGCAAGUUCAAGUUGUAUAUUCUUGUUGUGAGUGCCAGUAUUAGAGUAGAAGUACUUCUACACACUAAAAAAGCUGAAUCUCUAGCCAGCACGACUCUGACGAGAAUGGUUCGAACGAUCAUGGCGCCUGCAUCACAUCAGCCUGCACGUCUUUCGUGGGCUGCUGCGUCAGCUGCUCUCGUCUCGUUGACGGUUCCAUCGACGUCUUCAUCUUCGGCAACGGUGUUUGCGGCUGCGAGACAAGCGCCAAAGCGGAAGCACAGGACGCCUACCGACUACACUGAUGACGCUGGAGGCGCGGAUAUGCAAACAGACGAGACGGAAGGACAGAGGUUCUAAAUCUUUCAUAGAUGCAUUGUGGGAUGUAGUAGAAGGAGCAUGUUUCCCUCCUUUGCCGCUUAUGUUACCACAACUCAGUCUUCAUAGGUGUCUUACAACAUUUUCUUUAGGUUACAUGUGGCUGUUGGUGCGAGUUCCGGUGACCUUUCCAUGGAGAUAGAUUCGGACGCUUCUAUAUCCGUUUUGGAGAAGUUAGCUCCUGCUGGAACAUCACCAGAAGUUGUAGAGGGGAAUAGUGAUUCCACAGAAGCUGGCCACCGCGGCAGUGUCCAAUUCGUCAAGAACAUCUUAGACAGAGUGCAGAGCAGUCUGUCUACAUCAUCAGAGGCUGACCGCGUUCCCAGUGCAGUCGAUCGCGUACUAAACUGCUCAGACCUAAUCCCUGUGUCGCUUCCUUGAUCCUGUUCCGAUGAGAAUCCCAUUCUUGAUGCUGUUCCUACUGUGUUCCUUAUGCUGUUUCGAAUCUAAGCCUAAAAGUCUCUCUUGGUUUUGAUUCUAACCAUAGUCUUAUGCUGUUUCAACGCUAAGGGUCUAAUCUCGCUAUCGUUCCAGCCGUAACCUAGUGGCGCCAAUCAUGGCUGCAGUCAUAAUCUAACGAUGUUAAUCCUGCUCCCCCGUUUUUAAAAAUGGUAAUUGAUCAUGACCACCGUCCUGCCCUGAUUCUGUCCCGCCUUGUGUUCUCUCCCCGCUGCUAGAUUCACCGGCCUGAGCUUGUAGGUGCGACCGCGACCGUUUGAAAUUGAUACGAAUCUUCUUGACGAUGAGGAAGAUGCAGAAGGGGUAGUUGCGUCUGCAGGUCCACUGAUCCGGUGCGCGAAGGAGCAUUCUGCUACUUGUCCUCAACUAGACGCACUCGAGAUUCAAUACGAAAGCCGAAUUGAGAAGUUGGAAUUCGAGCAUCAGAAGGCAAUCCGCAAUUUACAGCAAAAACAGCAGCUAGACAUCCUGAAUCGGCAGCAGGAGGUUGGCAGAUGCAUGCGGAGGAUUGACGAGGUGGAGCGGGAUUGGAUAGUGCCGGAUGCGUUAGUGCGGGAUUGGUUAGGCAAGGCUUUUGGACAAGGAUUCGACGUAAAUAUCGUUCCUAGUACAAAUCUUGCUGCUUCUGGGUUUCCAUUUCUGGAGGUGACUUCAGAUAAUCGCGAGAAGAUACUAGGAAAAGGAAAUAUGGAACAGAUGAAGAAUCGAGUACUACACGUAAAUGUUGCGGUGGGGAAGCGUGUUCCGCAGAGUAGUGUUAUUCCCUACAGCAUCAUUUUCGAACAACCUGGGAAAUUUGUGACGGGUGAGGAGGUGACGCAAGACGAGCGGAGACAUCGGAACAAAAUGGCACUGAUUUAUGACCCGCUGUCGUGGGAUAAUCAGCUCCGACUUCUCCAAAAAAGCUCGGAAAACGAGCGUUUGUUCGUGCGAAUGUGCCGCCACAACUACAACUUCCAAGAUGAACAGGAUGCGAGAAAGCGGUUCACUACUGCUGAGACGGGCGAGAUAAGCGAGUCAAUCAAGCAAGAUACGAGGGCAGUGGCGGCGUUGUUCAGCAUCGAUGCUGACUCGUCAUCUAGCGUCAGUGGUGGCACAACACAACAAGCGAGCAUAACAGUAAAAGAAUUCGAGGAGGGAAUUAGAGGGAGUGGCUCUGGCUCUCUCAAGAAACGCGAAGUUCGGGUGGGGCGCUCCGACAUCAUGAGUCCAUACGAUAGUCGUACACACAAGACGGAUAUCAAGAAUGUUGCAGACAUGGUCGCCUACUUGAUUAAGGGCUGGAAGUUGACCUCUCCAUGGGCAUCUCCGUGGCUUUUUCAACUAGGAAAGCCAUAGAACAAGACAUGUGAACUACUAGAUGGGGGUCAACUUCUUUCAACCUCUAACUUGAAGGAGUACACUUAUUAUAUGAGGUAUAGUAGGCUAUUUGCACGGCCCACUGAAGAUUUUGUAAUGAAAUUCAGAGUGGCAUGUGAUGCGAAAGUCGUGGAUGACGAAUCAGCUGAUGCUUUCGCGACGUACAGGAUAGUUGAGAUUAUGUUGCGAUUUGAGAAUCGUAGAGACAUUCCACCGGCCGCAUAUGAAGCUGAGUAUAAGGCGAGGGCUCCUCUUCUCGUUGUCCAAUCGGAUGAAUCUUAUUCGACGGAUGAUUCUUACUCGGAGGAGGAUCCGGAGUCCUGGUCCUCGGACGGCGAGGUUUAAAUCACCGAGCACAGAGUUGCUUAAUAUUAAAGCAUCUCUGAUAGUAAUAUCUGAAAAAUCUCCACGAUGAUUUAAUAUUUUCACCACAUCACCCUCAGACUCGCAGCACAUCGACCAGUAAA